AUGGCACCUACUGUUGAAAUCUCCAUUCCAAAUACCACUUUAUCCCAUACAUCUCCGCCACACACUGUCUACCACAUCACCCUGCGCCUCCCACUCCGCUCUUUCACGGUCCCCAAACGCUACUCCGACUUCUCAACAUUCCACACUACCCUCAUCACUCAAACAAAUGCCCCUCCACCAGCUCCCUUACCUUCGAAAACCUGGUUCUCCAACACAGUCUCGAACGAACGGUUACGCGAAGAACGCCGCCGCGGUUUAGAGCAAUACCUCCAGGCAAUCAAUCAAUCCGACGAUGGCCGCUGGCGGACCUCACCAGCAUGGCGAGCUUUCCUGAACCUCCCAACUGCAGUAACGUCAACUGGCCCAAACACAUCCACUCGUCUCCACGCAGCCAUCACAGACCCAGCAUCGACCAACGCACCAAUCACAGACCCGACCCUAUGGCUAGACUGUUAUCGGGACAUGAAGUCCCAUCUACAUGACGCCCGACUCCAACUCUCCCGCCGAGAUCAAGAGACAACGCCACAAAAACAGCAUGAAAGCUCCGCGCAGGCGAAGAAAAGCCUCGUUCGCGCAGGGACCAUAAUCACCACCUUGGACGAGGGACUGAAGAACAUCGGACGCAGCGACGGAUCUUCCACAUCCCACUCAACAUCUACAAUAGGCGCUGGUGAGAUUCGCCGCCGGAGAGACCUGCUGAUCAAUGCGCGCAAGGACAAGGACGGCCUGGAAGACCUCCUGCAUGCCAUGGCAACGAAGAGUCGGCUGGACCAUGCUGUGGCAUCGGUACAGGAUAAAGAGGCUUUGAUGAAUGUUGGCAAUGCGGCAGGAGACGGUGCAAGCAGUGGGCGCAGGGCGCCGGCGCGAACGGGCAGAGUCCUUGGUAAAGAGACAGAGCGGACACGCGAGCUUGAUAACGACGGUGUGCUUCAGUUGCAGCAGCAGAUGAUGCAGAGUCAGGAUCAGAAUGUGGAUGAGUUGAUGAAAAUUAUUAUUCGUCAGAAGGAGCUGGGGACGCAGAUUAACGAGGAGCUCGAGAUCCAAAAUGACCUGCUCAAGUUGGCGGAUGAAGAGACUGAUGUACUGAAAGCCAAGCUUGAUGUUGGGAGGAAGAGGAUUGGAAAGAUCUCUUGA